AUGGAUAUCUUUGAAGAAAAACAAACAUAUGGAGGCUGCGAAGGGUUAGAUGCUGAGUAUGUUAAACUCAUUUCUUCGGACGAUCAUGAGUUCAUCAUAAAGAAAGAAUACGCUUUUGUUUCCAGAAGGAUCGAAUGCAUGUUGAGUGGUCCCAGACGAUUUGCCGAAAACGAAGUCAACGAAAUCUAUUUCAAAGAGAUACCAUCCCACGUCCUGCAGAAAUUGUGCCAAUAUUUCACCUACAAGAUCUGUUACGACAAUAGUUCGGAUGAAAUAUCGGUGUUUCCGAUUGAGGGUGAAAUAGCCGUGGAAUUGCUGAUGGCCGCUAAUUUCUUAGGCUGUUAA